AUGUCUUCUACAACCAUCAGAUACGGCGCCAUGCCGAAAGAGCUCCCCACGGACGACCCUGACGAUGUCCUGUUCAACUCCAUGUACGGCGUGCGAACCAUAGAACUGAAUCGGCCUAAGAAGCUCAACUCACUCAAUGGAUCAAUGGCAAGAAAAAUCCUGCCUCGGCUUCGGGAGUGGGAAAAAUCUCAAAUGGCGAACGUCGUUCUAAUCAGCGGCGCUGGCCCAAAAGCUUUCUGCGCGGGCGGUGACGUUGCUGAACUAGCGCUGCAGAAUAAAGAAGGUCCAGAAGGCCAAAAGAAGUCCUCGGACUAUUUUGCGCUCGAAUACAAAUUGGACCAUCUGAUUGCGACAUACAGUAAACCAUACAUAGCAAUCAUGGAUGGUAUAACCAUGGGAGGUGGCGUUGGUCUUUCAGUCCAUGCACCUUUCCGGAUUGCCACCGAAAAGACCGUCUUUGCUAUGCCUGAGACGACCAUUGGUUUCUUCCCUGAUGUCGGUGGAAGUUUCUUUUUGCCUCGUUUGGAUGGUGAGAUUGGUACCUAUCUAUCGUUGACCUCCGAGCGACUCCAUGGUGUGCAGGCUUUCUAUGCUGGCAUUGCCACACAUUACAUCGACAGCUCUGUGUUGGCACAAAUGACAACCCGACUCUCUGAGCUUGUUUUCAAGGAUUACGCAGAUCUUAAGGAACGACUUGAGCUCAUCGACUCCACGAUCUCCGAGUUUUCGAGCAGUCUGCCCUCACCGGAUUCGUACGACGCUGCCCAAUAUGGAAAUCUCACCGGUGCACUGCGAGAAGCUGUCGAUCGAGUCUUCAAGUACAACACGAUAGAGGAGAUAUUGGGCGCUCUCCAGAAAGAAACUGGUUCAGCAGAUGCGAAGAUCGCCGAAUGGGCGAAAGCAACUCAAAAGACUAUCGCCAUUCGAUCUCCCACCAGUCUUCGGGUCACGCUACGUCAGCUAAGAGAAGGGAGGCACUGGAACAUUUCUGAGACCUUCGUCAAAGAACACAAGAUGGCCAGCAGAUUCAUGGCACACCCCGACUUUGUCGAGGGCGUAACUGCACGUCUGAUCAACAAACCGCCCACGAAACCCGAGUGGAAACCUGCCAAGUUAGAGGACGUCUCGACAGCGGAUGUGGAUGAAUUUUUCGUCAUGCCUACUGAACAAGAGGCUCUGGAAUUGGUGGAGCCUUACAAAGGAGCACUCGACCAGCAUUACACAGACUAUCCGCACGCCAAAUUUGCGUUACCCCGAGAGGCAGAUAUCGAGGUUGUUGUCAAGGACGUGGGCAAGGAAGGCUCAAAGAGAGUGGUUGACGAGCUUUUGAGGCAGUGGAAGAACAAAGCUGGCGUGAGAGAGAAAGUCCAAGAUGUAAUUGCACGCAAGACUGUUUCCAGUGAUGGCAAAGCCCUUCGCUGGAAAGGUGAAAGUCCCCGUUUAUAG